AUAGAAGAUGUCGAGGGUAACAGAUUUCAUCAAUCUCAACCUCAACCCCUCCACCAUCAUUGCAGAGUACAUUUGGAUUGGUGGAUCUGGCCUCGACCUCAGAAGUAAAGCUAGAACACUUUCUACACCGAUCGACGAUCCACAAAAGCUUCCAAAAUGGAACUACGAUGGAAGUAGCACCGGUCAAGCCCAUGGCAACGAUACCGAAGUGAUCUUACACCCACAAGCAGUUUUCAAGGAUCCUUUCAGGAGGGGCAACAAUAUUUUGGUCUUGUGCGAUGCAUACAACCCACUUGGGGAUCCAAUCUAUACAAACAAAAGAUUCGAUGCAGCCAAAAUUUUUGGCCAUCCAGAUGUCGUAGCAGAAGCUCCAUGGUUUGGACUUGAACAAGAGUACACCUUGUUGCAAAAAGAUACCAAAUGGCCUUUGGGCUGGCCUAUAGGAGGUUUCCCAAGACCUCAAGGUCCAUAUUAUUGUGGGGUUGGUGCUGAAAAAACGUUUGGACGUGACAUUGUUGAUGCUCACUACAAGGCAUGUCUUUAUGCUGGUAUUACUAUAGGUGGAGUCAAUGCUGAAGUUAUGCCUGGUCAGUGGGAGUUUCAAGUGGGGCCUUCAGCCGGAAUAACUGCUGCUGAUGAGCUAUGGGUUGCUCGUUAUAUUCUAGAGCGGGUUGCUGAAAUUGCUGGAGUGAUUGUCUCGUUUAAUCCAAAACCAGUUCCGGGUGAUUGGAAUGGAGCAGGAGCUCAUACUAACUAUAGCACAAAAUCAAUGAGGAAAGAGGGUGGAUAUGAGGCUAUCCAAAAGGCUAUUGAAAAGCUCGGGCUUAGGCAUGAAGAACACAUUGCUAGUUAUGGCGAAGGCAAUGAACAUCGUCUCACUGGUCUUCAUGAAACCGCUGACAUCAACACAUUUUCUUGGGGAGUUGCAAAGCGUGGUGUGUCUAUUCGGGUAGGGAGAGAAACUGAGAAAGAAGGAAAAGGGUAUUUUGAGGACCGAAGGCCCGGGUCGAAUAUGGAUCCGUAUGUGGUUACCUCUAUGAUUGCUGAAACCACCAUCUUGUGGAAGCCUUGAGUUUGUUCUUUGGUUUGGAGUUGAACUAAUAAUGUUUGUCGUUUCUAGUCUUAAAUAAAG